CCUGCCACUAUCCACUGCAGCAUGUCUCGCACCCAGCAUCCUGACCUGACCUACUGGCAGGACACAGUUGAACGCCUCACAGCCUUAUGCAGUCGUCUGCAGCAUCCACGUCAAUCCACCUCCGAAACCGAAAUCAUCGACAUCUUAAACGGCCUGGCCGUAGCCUUGCGCGACGAGUCUCUGAGGACUCCUAUUGGAUCUUUGGGACUACCAGAUACACUUACCGAAUUAUUGCAACAAGCAAUUACUGUUGAUUUGGAAGAAGUGGUCAAGCAGGUUGGUCGAGUGGCCGCGAAUCUGGCAGUUGAGAAUGAUUUCAACAGAGAGCUCCUAGCGAAGGCUGGCUUCAUCGGCCACGUUCUUUCUCCCUCUGUCCUGGACCGUAAUUCGUCCCAUCCCAGCGAUCAAGCCCUAGUAGCCAGUUUGUACAAUUUGGUUGUACAAGGAAAUAGUCUUUGCAUCUCCGUUUUCCAGCAAGAAAACCACCUCCGGUGUUUGUGCCGCCUCGCUGUUGAUCAUCUUCAACAAGUUCACAAAUCAAACGCCGUGGGCACUGUGGACCUUACUAUUGCACAAUGGCUCUGGUCAAUAUUAAGUGUAGUGAUCAACGAUAAUGGUGACAAAGACUGCAAGAUGUCAGACCAAUUACCCCUCCUCGAUCUUUUCAAACAUUUUCCGUACUGGACUCCUCCCGGUUCAUUAUCGGAUUUUGUGAUAGAGAGUGGACCAGAACCCCCCUUGAAUAUUCUCCUUUCCUCUUGCCAAGUCAUAGAAAAUAUUCUUUCAGACCAUUCAGAUAUAUUGAAGCAACUUAUAGAAGACGACGACAGGUUGCCCAAAGCGGCCAAGCAUCCUCUCGAGCUCGUCCUUGAUUUUGUGGAAUUCGCCAAUCUGCCUCUAAGCUGGACAAACGCUACCACUGAACAACGCGAUGAUGGUGAAAGUGCUUCUCAGGAGGAGGAUUUUGAUGCAAGAAAAUUGUUCGGAGAGGCAAAAGCUUGCCUUGUCAACGGAAUUGUUUCAUUUAGCAGCGAAUCAGCAUCCAGUACUCUUCCCUUGGGAUUCUUCUGGACUCGUAUGCGCAGCUGGCUUGACAGUGAUGUGUCAAAUAGAAGAGAUCUGGUGGAGUGUGCACUGCUCAGCUAUGGCAAUAGCAUCACUGGAGAUACCGACGCUAUCGAGUAUCUUGAUGGCGAGACCACCUUGCUUCCCCGAAUUAAAUCGUUACUGAAACCAGACGUUCCGGCAACAACACAACAUGCUGUUGUUGGCCUUCUAAGGAACCUUUCCAUCCCCGACCAGAAUAAGAAUGUUCUUUACGAAGCGGGAGUUAUAGAUGACUUGAUAGGUAUGGGCGUCUGGUCUGAGAACAGAGACAUGUUAGGAUCAGUACAAGGGGGCGUGGUAGGCAUAUUCAAGAACCUGUGUAGAAAUCAAUCUGACAUCGCAUCUUACAUUAUGGCCUCCUAUAAAGAUGACUUGAUUUCCCUGUGCAAACGUACAAACGACCAAGCGAUCAAAUUUGAGGGCACGCGCGUAUUUGUCAAUGCCGCCCGCAACCUUCCGAAGGGUAUGGAUUCUCAAGGCGUAAAUGCCCUCUGCGAUGAACGUAUAGUCAAGCUAUUGGUGGAUAUGAUGUUAAAUGCGUCCCAAUACCCCUUGUUGGAGAAUGAAGCGGUUCUGGGACUGGCUUUCUUGUCCAUGUUCAGUUCAGCAAACGCAUUAGUCAUGGAGGAACUGACCGCUGAGAGAGAAGGUGGGACAGGCAAGACACGCCUUGAACAGAUGGUCGCAAACAAGGAUCUGCUGAAAGAGGGUCGAGAAAAUGCCGAGGCUUUAUUGACUUUGAUGCGUGAUAGAUUAUAGAAGCAUAGACUGUGCAUAAAUGAAACAAUUGUACAAUGAA